AAUCCCUAGCACAGCUCCCUGUCUAUAAAUACUCGCCAGGGGAUGAUGCUAGAGAGAAGGGAGUAGAGAGAGAAACUCGCAGAGGAAAUAGAGAAGAAGAAGAACUGGAAGAAGGAGAGAGAGAGGGAAAAAGGAAAGCGAGGAGAAAAGGAAAAGCUCAGAGAGAGAGAGAGAGAGAGAAGAUUUCUGAAAGGGGAAGAGAGGGACUGGGGAACGGCGGCCCUCUCGUUGUCCGUAUUCGAAAUUCUCCGAUCUGUUUUGCUCAGGUGGAGCGGGAGGAAUUAUGUCGUCGCUAAGCAGGGAGCUUGUGUUUCUCAUACUUCAGUUUCUGGAUGAAGAGAAAUUCAAGGAGACUGUGCACAAAUUGGAGCAGGAGUCAGGGUUUUACUUCAACAUGCGGUAUUUCGAGGAAAUGGUGACGAAUGGAGAGUGGGAGGAGGUGGAGAAGUAUUUAUCAGGGUUCACCAAGGUUGAUGAUAACAGAUAUUCUAUGAAGAUUUUCUUUGAGAUCCGAAAGCAGAAGUAUCUCGAGGCAUUGGACAAGCGUGAUCGUGCCAAAGCUGUGGAGAUUUUGGUGAAGGACUUGAAAGUGUUUGCUGCAUUUAAUGAGGAGUUGUUUAAGGAAAUUACACAGUUGUUGACUUUGGAAAACUUCAGAGAAAAUGAACAGCUGUCCAAGUAUGGAGAUACAAAAUCUGCAAGGAAUAUAAUGCUUGGUGAACUGAAGAAGUUAAUAGAGGCUAAUCCGUUGUUCCGAGACAAACUCCAGUUUCCUACAUUGAAAAAUUCAAGAUUACGGACUCUAAUUAAUCAAAGUUUAAAUUGGCAACAUCAACUGUGUAAGAAUCCAAGGCCUAAUCCUGAUAUAAAGACCUUAUUCGUGGACCACAGCUGUGGUGGGCAGCCAAAUGGUGCUCGAGCCCCAUCCCCUGUAACCAAUCCCUUGAUGGGUGCUGUGCCAAAGCCAGGAGGCUUCCCUCCACUUGGUGCUCAUGGUCCGUUCCAGCCUGCACCUCCUUCUUUGCAAACAUCUCUUGCUGGUUGGAUGUCAAACCCAUCUCCUGUCCCUCAUCCUUCAGCUUCUGCUGGACCCAUUGGCUUGGCUGCACCUAAUAACACAGCGGCUAUUUUGAAGCGCCCUAGGACUCCUCCAACAAACAACCUGGCUCUGGAUUAUCAAACAGCUGACUCUGAACAUGUCUUGAAAAGAACUAGACCAUUUGGAAUGUCUGAGGAGGUUAAUAAUCUGCCUGUAAAUAUUCUGCCUGUUGCAUAUGCUGGGCACAGCCAUGGGCAGAGUUCCUACUCAUCCGAUGAUCUACCUAAGAAUUUUGUUAUGGCUUUGAAUCAAGGUUCAGCAGUGAAGAGUAUGGACUUCCAUCCAUUGCAGCAGAUUUUACUUCUUGUUGGCACAAACAUGGGCGACAUCAUGGUAUGGGAGCUGGGUAGUCGUGAAAGGAUUGCUUUAAAGAAUUUCAAGGUUUGGGACCUUGGAGCAUGUUCAAUGGGGUUGCAGGCAUCUCUUGCUAAUGAUUAUACAGCAUCAGUGAACCGUGUCAUGUGGAGUCCUGAUGGAAGUCUAUUUGGCAUUGCUUACUCUAAGCACAUUGUUCACAUUUAUUCAUACCAUGGAGGGGAUGAUAUAAAGAACCACCUUGAGAUUGAGGCCCAUGUUGGAAGUGUAAAUGACCUUGCUUUCUCCUAUCCCAACAAGCAACUGUGUGUAGUCACUUGUGGAGAAGACAGAGUGAUUAAGCUACUGGCAAUAAGCAGUUUACUUUUGAAGGUCAUGAAGCUCCUGUAUAUUCUGUGUGCCCACAUCACAAAGAAAAUAUCCAGACCUCUUGAUUUCCUUUCCUUUUUGUUUUUGUUUUUCCAGUUUAUAUUCUCAACUGCAACUGAUGGAAAGAUUAAAGCAUGGUUGUACGAUACCAUGGGUUCGCGAGUUGAUUAUGAUGCUCCAGGACAUUCAUCAACCACAAUGGCAUAUAGCGCUGAUGGAACAAGACUGUUCUCUUGUGGGACAAACAAGGAGGGAGAAUCCCAUUUAGUUGAGUGGAAUGAAAGUGAAGGUGCAGUAAAGCGUAGGUAUACUGGCCUUGGAAAGCGAUCAGUUGGAGUUGUGCAAUUUGAUACCACUAAGAAUCGGUUCUUGGCUGCUGGUGAUGAGUUCAUGGUCAAAUUCUGGGACAUGGACAAUGUCAGCUUAUUGACAAGUAUAGACGCAGAUGGUGGACUGCCGGCUUCUCCUUGCAUAAGAUUCAAUAAAGAAGGAAUUCUCAUGGCUGUCUCGACCAGUGACAAUAGUGUUAAAGUCCUAGCAAAUUCUGAUGGAAUUAGGUUGCUUAAGACGGUGGAAAAUCGCACAUUUGAUGCUUCAAGAGCUGCUUCUGCAGCUGUUGUCAAGGCCCCUUCAAUACCAAAUUUUGCUGCUGCCAAUCCCAAUCCUGGAACUAGCAUGGGAAAUCCAGCUGCUCCUUUACCACCCAUGGUUGGAAUGCAGAUCAAUGAUAGCCGAGCUUUGGCUGAUGUUAAACCUAGAAUAAAUGAAGAAUCCAUGGAGAAGUCAAGGAUCUGGAAAGCAGCUGAAAUUAAUGAGCAAUCGCAGUGUCGUUCUCUGAGGCUUCCUGAUAAUUUAACUGCAAUGAGGGUGGCCAGGUUGAUGUAUACAAAUUCUGGGCUGGCCAUAUUAGCGUUAGCAUCUAAUGCUGUUCAUAAGCUCUGGAAAUGGCAGAGAAAUGAUAGAACUGGGAAGGCCACUGCUAGCGUUGCUCCACAAUUGUGGCAACCAUCUAGUGGAAUAUUGAUGACGAAUGAUAUAAGUGAUACAAACCCUGAAGAGGCUGUGCCAUGCUUUGCUCUUUCAAAGAAUGAUUCUUAUGUUAUGUCGGCUUCAGGAGGAAAGAUAUCGCUUUUCAAUAUGAUGACAUUCAAGACAAUGACAACAUUCAUGCCCCCACCACCGGCUGCAAGUUUCCUGGCAUUCCAUCCUCAAGACAACAACAUAAUUGCUAUCGGAAUGGAGGAUUCUUCAAUCCAAAUCUAUAAUGUCAGGGUUGAUGAGGUUAAAACCAAGUUGAAAGGUCAUCAGAAAAGAAUCACGGGUCUCGCCUUCUCCAACACCCUAAAUGUGCUCAUCUCUUCCGGAGCAGACUCUCAGUUAUGUGUGUGGAACACGGAUGGAUGGGAUAGGCAGGCUAGUAAAUUCCUGCAAAUCCCUCCCGGGCGUCCGACCUCCCCUGUUUCGGAUACCCGGGUCCAGUUUCAUGUCGACCAGACACAUCUGCUCGCCGUUCACGAAUCACAGAUAGCACUGUACGAAGCGCCGAAACUCGAUUGUUUGAAGCAGUGGUUCCCUCGAGACGCAAAUCCUAUCACACAUGCGACCUACUCUUGCGACAGCCAGUCGAUAUACGUCAGCUUCGAAGAUGGAAGCGUGGGUGUUCUUACAGCUCCAGCUCUCAGACUGAGGUGCAGGAUAAGUUCUGCCGCUUACCUACCUCCAAAUCCAAGCUUGAGGGUCUAUCCGUUGGUGAUCGCGGCACAUCCAACAGAAGCCAACCAGUUUGCUCUGGGACUAACAGACGGCGCAGUCCACGUGCUAGAACCAUUGGAAUCGGAAGGGAAAUGGGGCACCGCGCCACCGGCUGAGAACGGUGCUGGAGGAGCGCCGAGCACUUCCGGGGCCGCUGGAUCAGAACAACAAGCUCAAAGAUGACACCUUUAGAUGACUGAGUGGCGCUCGCCGCUCUCUUGGCCCCACAGUUUGAUUUUUCGGGGGAAAGCUGUGGAAGAUUUCUAGGGUACCUAUUCAUAGGGUUUUCUUAGUGUAAUUUGUGGCUCUCAACUCGACUCUCAACCCCAACCUGGUAGAAGAGGUUUGGAAAGCUCCCUUCAUAUAAGAGAAGAAGACUAAUGUGUUCUUGAUGCAUUAUCAUGAUCCCCUCUUUUUUUCUUUCCCUUCUUUCUUUUACAUGAUUAUAUAUAUGAUUGAAGAGACCUCUUAGACAGAGAAUUGUGGUGUAAAUUAGAUAGUCAAAAGAAUGCAUCAAGAUAAGAGAGCAGGGUUUGAGGUCGUCUUCAUGACAGUAGAUUAUUUUUUUUAUUUUAACUUUAUUCAUACUAAGGUAUGGAGGAAUGAUAGGGGAACUUGAUCUGUUUGUCUAUUUCAUCUGUUCAUUCUUACUUAACAGUGCUUAGUCUUAUGUCUAAUUAUCAUUAUCCACUGUUUCAGUUGUAAUCACAGUUAAUUUAGUUGUUCCUGAAAUGUUAUUUGAAGUGUAAAAUGC